AUGGAACCCCAGGACGUCUACUACAGCAAAGCGGAGUACGUGGAAACGGUAGGCAAUGCGAAACUCGAAAGUUUCCGGAUAAUAGGAACUUUUGCGUAAAAAGUUACACGUACGACCUAACCUCUUUCUCCGUGCGUUGUAAUCACGUAAUCCUGUUUCAGGCUAGCGGGAACAAGGUGAGCAGGCACACGGUUCUCUGCGGCUCGCAGAACAUCGUGUUACACGGAAAAGUGAUCGUGCAGUCGGACGCGAUCAUCAGGGGUGAUCUCGCAAACGUUCGGACCGGACGUUACUGCAUCAUCAGUAAGAACGCCAUCAUACGGCCACCGUUUAAAAAGUUCAGCCGAGGCGUUGCCUUCUUUCCUUUGACGAUGGGAGACCACGUGUUCGUCGGUGAACGGGCGGUGAUCAACGCGGCGAUCGUCGGCUCUUACAUAUACAUAGGGAAAAAUGCUGUGAUCGUACGUACGCGCUUUACAAGCUUUAUUAUAUACCCGCUGCUAGUUGACAAGGUAAAAAUCGUGGUUGUUCAACUACCGCAGGGAAGGAGGUGCGUGCUGAAGGACUGCUGCUACAUCGAGGAUGGGGCGGUUGUUCCACCGGAGACGGUGAUCCCCUCGUUCACACGUUUCGCCGGCAAUCCUGCCAAGUGCGUCGAAGAUCUACCCGAGUGCACACUCGACCUCAUGCUGGAAUUCACCAAAAAUUACUAUCAACACUUUCUACCGUCGGCGGGAGUUUUGAUGGAGUCGGUGGUCGAUUGGAGCAGAGCGACGAUGUUGGCCGUGUAAGAAGCGUACAAGUUGAGGGCAGCGAUCAGCAGCAUCAGAGUGACGAUUCGGGAGGGAACGCGAUACGGUUCGUAGGAGUAUCCUGCGAAAUUCAUCGCGGACGAUUCGAUUCUACUCGACUCGAUUCGAAUUUUCUCGCUCACCCUGUUGCGCGAUGGCUCCCAACACCACCAUAAAGUUAUCGCUGAGCGUUUGCUCGCUCUGAUGGAACUGCUGCCAGUAUUCGGCGCUGUUGGCCGACGCGCCUCGACGGUACUCCCACUUGGCCGAGACGGAGAGCAACGCGAGCACCAGCAGGAGAAACACGCCGAUCGCUAUCCAGACGGACCGUUGAAACGGCAGCGUGAAGAUGUUGCUGACGGUGGACAGCAGAGGUUGACGAAAGAUGAAGCACGCGCUGACGCAGAUUCCAAGCGUUUCAGUUCCCUCGUCCGUCAGUUUUCUUAUCUUUCUAGACUUGCCGAACUUACGUGGUGCGCGUGUAAAGUUGUAUAUAGUCCACUACCCCGAUACGCUGUGGAAUAAAGAACGUCCCGGUGCCUCCUAUGUCGAUCUCACGACGUUGCAACAUCCCCGUCAUGCCGUUCCACGUCCCGUUCUUGUCCCGGUAUCCCCAGCUGUCCGUCACGCGGAACUCGAUGCUAAACGAGGCGAGGAGAGAAGACCAUGAACCGUGAAACGAUUUAAAUACAGACUCUGGCAGGUAAUUUCGUCUUUUGCUCCAGCUCGUGCAUCUUCGAUGCAUUCAUUUCAGUAAUUCUACGUUUUACUUGGGCUGGAUGUGACAAAAUUAUUUACUCGAUCCAUAAUCCGUUGGUGUGAAAAAAAUGAAAGAGGAUGAUUUUGAGAAUUGAAGGUAACUUUUAAUUUUAUAAAUGAAUAUUAUAUUAUAUUUUGUCUUUUUUUACAUUACAUGAAAGAGAAGAUGAAGACGAGUUCAACGAUAUACCAUUCAAUGACCUUCACACCUUACACAAUAUCCAGAACGAAAUGGUUAUUGCGGAUGUGCCUGCCGUAGUGUUCCGUAUUUAUAUACUAUAUCUGUACUGUACAAAUGUACGCCACACUCUUGGUGGCUUUCACUGUUUGCACUUGUGAUCCCGAUACUGAUACACUUUUUGUUUCAAAUCAUUUACACUGAAAGACUAUCGUAAAUGAUUCGUGUGUUUGUAACAUGGCAAUUGCUAUUGUGUCGAAACACUGCUCGCACUCGGAACCGACUGAGAUUUAUGAUGGUAGAUAAUGAUCUAUACUUGAGGUAUGCAAAAAAAAAAUGUGUAAAAAUUUCUAAUCUCGAGCACGUCCGUGUCAUAAAUAAUAGUUUUGUACGUUUUGUACAGUCUAAGUAGGUAAUAAUACAGGCCUCGUGAUAUCACAAGCAUAAAAGUGUAAAAUAUGAAAUAUUAUACGUCAGAGACAGUGCCAUUACCGUUGGCCUUCGCAAAUAGUUUUGUAUGUUUUGCACGCUCUAAUAGCAAGUAACGAUACAAAUCUCUACAUGAAACACGGAAAUAUUUCUUCCCGAUCCUCUGUAAGUAUGAAGAUAGUAUGAAGUAUUGAACGAUACAUCCGGUUGAAUUCGCCCUCAUGUAACGUAAACAACAAAAUA